AUGGCAUACUAUGGAAAAUGCAUUGAAACUGUGAUUAAGCUACUGGACCAAUUUAAACCUGAGAAGGACAGUCCCGAGCAGUUCCUGGAGGCUGCGGCCACCUCCCUGCAGACCCUGAGCCCCCAGGAGCAGGCGUUCAUCAUGGAAGUUCUGUCCGGGUGCCUCGAGUACCGGAAGCUGCUGACUAUCGUGGUAGACGCCUUCUAUGUGCGGGACGGCCGGCUCUGCCUGUGGGCCGAUUACAGCCUCUUUGAGGUGAUCUGCUACCUGGCCACUUUCCAGCUGGAGGAGCUCGGCUUUCAGCUCUUCUGUAGCAUCGUGAAGUCCCAACCCAUCCACAAGGUGUGCAAGUUCCUUGGGUUCCUCUUCAACCCCUUGAACCUGGGCUCAUGGAUCAAGGAUGAGUGGAGCCUCAUCUACGAGACCACCCACGUGAAGGAGCACUGGAUCGACCCCCUGAUGAGAUGGCAGCCGGAGGUCCAGGAGCUGAUCAACCAGCUGCAGGGGGCGUUGACCCAUCAACCCCCUCUUCCAAAGACCAAGGCCAAGGUCACAGAGCCCAAGGAGUUCAACCUGACGGCCCCCAGGCCCCGCGCCAUCCCAGUGCCUGAGCCAGUCCCCGUGGUGGCCAAGACCAGACCAGUCCCCAGGAGCACCUACCGGCCGCCCGAGGAGCAGCGGCUCCUGGAGAUGACCAAGAGAUACAAUCGCCGCAAGGCUGAGGAGCUGCUUCUGCGGGCCAGCAUCGAGGAGAUGCGGUGCGCGGGGCCCAGGCCCCGUGGGGAGCCCCCGGUGGAGGACUCCAAGAAGAAGCUGCGGCUCCGAUUUCCACCUCGAAUCCUCAAGGCUCCAAAACUGACCUUCUACAGGCCCAACGAUGAUGCCCCGGUCAGGCUGAACACCGCUGCCAUCCUGCGAGAAGGGGCCUUAUAUCAGCGGCAGGUGGAGAGGGAGCUGCAGAGGGUGGAUAAGCUCAUGGACGGGGCCGGGGACCUCUCUGAGUUCCUCAAGUGGCAGAGGAAGAUGCAGGCAAAGGACCUGGAGGAACAGCUGGCCACAGGCGAGUGCCGGAGGCUGCAGGGGAAGCUCAGCCACGAGGAGGCCAUCCUGGCACGGCAGCAGGUGGUGAAGGAGAAGAAGCAGAAAGCCGACCAGAAGAAGGAGGAGACAGCUGAGCUGAUGCAGCAAUGUGCCGAGAGGCGCCUCCAAGAGGAAAGGUCCAUGAAGGAGCUGGUGGAGCAGGUGAUGGAGACGCAGAAGAACGUCAAGGUGGCGCAGACAAAGCUCCUGAAGGGCCGACAGCAGAUGGUUCAGGAGGUGAUAGAGGAGAGCCGGGAGCUGCUACAGCGCAGUGCAGAGGCGGCCAAGGAGGAGCAGAGGCAGCGCUGUGAGCUCAUCUCCCAGUUGCGAGCCCUGGAGACUCAGCCCACGCGCAAGGGCAAGCUGGUGGACCUGACCCAGAUUCCUGGCUAUGGCCUGGAAGGGGAGAUGUCGGUCGUGGAGCUGCGGGAGCGGCUGGCCCUGCUCAAGGAGACCCAGAGGUGCAAGGAGGAGGAGAAGCGAGACCAGAUCAUCCAGGGCAAGCGUGCCAAGAGCCAGGCGCUGCAGAACACGGUGGAGCAGAUCUUGCUGUGCCGCGCGGCCAUGGGGAGGUCUGCAGCCUUGAGGUGGGAGGAGAAGAAGGCGCAGUCGGCGGCCGCGGGAGCGCCCUCCCAGGACGAGCGGGUGCUGGAGCUGCAGCGCAGGAUCCGGGAGAAGGCGGCCGAGCGCCGCGGGCAGGAGGCACUGCUGCACGUGCCAGCGCCGCGAGCAGCUCGCCCCAAGCAGCAGGCGCAGCUGGAGGCGCGGCACAGGCUGGAGCUGGAGCAGAGCCGGGAGCGCAGGCUGCGGGCGAUGCAGCGGGGAGGCUCGGCACGCGGGCCCGCUCGUUGCCUGGGGGCCGUCUGA